AUGGCCACUCCGACGACUUACACACAUACACCAACCACAAGUAGUACUGCUUCGCCUAGCUGCACAACGGCUGUCCCGGACAAAUAUGGCCAUGUACCAUUUGAUGCGUGUAACUCCAACUACAAUGACAACCCGAGUUUUGAGGCCAACCUGGCCUUUGCCGUGGUCUUUGGGGCGAGUUUUGUUACCCAUAUUGUCCAAGCCAUUGUCUAUAAAAAGCGAUUCUGCUGGGUUGUAAUCAUGGGCGCCGCAUGGGAGACGGCAGCGUUCAGUUUGCGCACUAUUGGAUCCCACAAUCAGCAAGAGAGACAGUACGCGAUCUGGGGAACGCUUCUCUUCCUGCUGGCGCCGUUAUGGAUCAAUGCUUUCGCCUACAUGACGGUCGCUCGCAUGGUCUAUUUUGGCCUUCCCGACAAGAAGAUCUGGGGCGUCCGCGCAGUCAAGCUGACGGUGCUGUUUGUUUGGCUUGACAUUAUCUGCUUCCUGGUGCAGCUGGGUGGCGGCGGGCUGCUAUCUAACAACGACAACGCAAAUUUGACGCGUAUCGGGAUGAAGCUGUACACUGCAGGGAUUGGGCUGCAGCUCGGGUUUAUCGUGAUCUUUGGGGUCAUGACGGCGUGGUUCUACCACCGGAUGCGGCAAGUCUCGCGGGGACAGGGCAUGGGGCGACUGCGGUUUCUGAUAUGGGUGAUGCUAGCAGUUCUGGUACUGAUUAUGAUGCGAAUCAUUUAUCGGUUGCUUGAGUUUGGGCCGGGAAUCAACGCGGACAACAAGCUCAUCACAGACGAGACAUACCCGCUCACCCUGGAUGCAAUGCCCAUGGCGUUGGCGUUGGGGCUGUUGAACUUGUUCCAUCCUGGGCUGGUGCUCCGCGGCUCGGACGGCGAGUUUCCCCGGGUGACUCGCAAGGAGAAGAAGGCAAUAAAGCAGCAGGCUAAGGAAGAGAAGAAGAGGCAAAAAGAGGCUAAAAAAGCUCGAAAGGCCGGCAAGUUCGUGUACGUGGACGACAUGACAAGGCUGGCGGAUGAGACAGACGGCGAUGUCAAUGGACAUGCCGGAAACUGGGAGAUGAGACCCGUGUACGAACGGGUAUAG